UAAAUAUGGGACUCUUCUCACUACCAAAGAUUUAAUUCCGCUACUCCCAGACAUCCUUGGAAAACUAGCGGAGGCUAUUUAUGAGUACACUGCUUAUCCAUCUAGUCUGCAGAUCAGUGAGGUUGCAGAGGCCCUCACUCAAAAGCAUCCCUGCCUCAAAGAACCAGGCUCAUUUAAUGGGUCCUAUGGAUGGGCGCAGCGCCUAAAAUAUAAGAUGAACAAUUUCAGAAGCAAACUACGAGGUCUCGGCUGCCCUGAAGUUGAAGUGAACUCACUCAAGAGAAAACAAACACAUGACCAGUAUCCGGCAAAGAAUCUGAAAAAACCAAAGAAGGCGGAGGUGAACUACCUACCCCCUCAUGCUCAAGGUGAAACUACUGCAAGUUUGGAAAAAGAGAGAGUGGAGCUCCUAAGUGAAAUGAUGAAAAGGGACAACUCCAAGGUGGUAGCUCAGAAAAUGGCCAAGACAUUCAGCCUUCGUCGGGAGGAAAUAGUGAAAGAGGCCCCUGCAAUCAGUGAAUGCAUGAAGCGCUGGCCUGCGCUUUUUAGUGAAGCACAGAUAAGUGAAGAAUUCAAGAGGAUAACAACAGUUAACCUACAAUCGACCUUUCUGGCCAAGCUUGACCAGUGCACCCCGAAAUUGAUGGCCUUGACCCAAUCAAAAGGAGGAGCUGCAGGCCUGAAGAUAAGGAACAUUAAGGACAUGCUUCUUGAGGACAACACAGUUGAAAGGCAGAGAGAAAUUGCCAUUCGCUGCCUCAUGGUCUAUCUUGGAGAGAAGGAGGAGGACCUUUUCAAACAGUACCGGGAUGUAGAGGAGCUUGACGCAGACCUUGCGAUGCAAGUGAUGAAGAUUGCCAUCAUCGGUGAUGGGUGUGCAACCAUCGUAGUCGAGGGAACCAAGAUCCUGCAGGGGAUUGAUGUCGCCAGAUCCUGUGCUUUGCUGAUGGGAGUAAUCUAUGCUCUUAACCUAAGGUACCCCAAGCAGUUGAAAUUUACCUUUGAGGCAUUCCAGAAGCUAUGUCUUGAGCUUGAUGGACAAAAAGCCAGCUCUAAAGUAAUGAAUCUCAAGUAUGGUAUUUUUUAGCGUGAGGAAAAAGCUCACAUCUCACGCGUGCGUGCGCACGCACACACACACACACACACAUCCAUCCUUGUUCUUUUGUUUCUUUGAUUGGAUGAAUAUCUACUGAGUGAAGGUAUCAGCUUAGAAAAGGAUGACCUCUGUUCUCUGAGGGUGUUUGUCUUUGUUGAACUUUAUAUGCAGUGCCUCCUUUUGCUGGAGUUAGGAGUUUGAGCAGUCUGAUGUGAUCAGAGAUGAUAAUGUUGAAAUUAGUGCUUUUAAUGUACAGCCAUCUGUCUUUUUUUUGUAUAAUUUUCAUGUGUACAAGUCAAAUGAUGGUGAUUCAUGCACAGGGUUUUAGUUGGUUUUAUAACAAUGUUCCUCCUCAUAAAGCAUCUGAGGGCAUGGUGCUGUUUGCACUUUAAAGGAUUUAGUGCUACUGUGAAUUUUAAUAAAUGUUUCUAGUUAAUUUGAA